AUGCGGGCCACUAUUGCUCGAAUCCUGGCUAACACCGUCCGUUCUCGACUAGAAUCCCGUGGGAGCGAUCUCCUCUCCCUGCAAUGGCCAUCACCUCCGCGAAAUAUUUUGAUCGUUAAGAAACAAAGCGCCCCGGCCGUGACUGGCUCCCUGAUUGAAUUUGUAAAUCACAUCACAUCUACAUAUCCGUCGCUUUCCAUUAUCUUAGAACCGCAAACUGCGGAGGAAAUUCACACCUCGUUUUCGUUCCCUAUCUAUACGACUACAUCUAGUUCUCGGCUGUCUACGACGACACAUGAUAAGGUGGACCUGGUUGUGACCCUCGGUGGAGACGGCACCAUACUACGCGCCUCUUCACUCUUUGCAACAUGUCACAAUGUGCCUCCGGUGCUAUCGUUCAGCAUGGGGACACUGGGGUUUUUGGGCGAGUGGAAGUUUGAAGAAUAUAAGCGUGCCUUCAGAGAGGUAUAUAUGUCUGGUGCCGGCGUGGGUGACCGCGCUUCUGUGUUGGGCGAACCGAUUCCGACGGCCGCCGACGAAGAGGCCGAAUCACAGAUGGGUCCGACGGGGUGGUCAUCUGUACGAGGAAAGUCGAUGGGUUCGACUCGGGGUGCCCGUAUCUUGAUGCGCAACCGCUUACGGGUUGGACUUUACACCCCGGACGGCAAACCGAUCAACCCCCCCGGGCAAACCCAUGAGAGCACCCGAGAUGGACGAGUCUACGCCCUCAACGAGGUGCUGAUCCACCGGGGGAAGGAGCCACACCUGGCCAUCGUCGAGGUCUUUGUCGGAGGCAGAUUUCUCACCGAGGCGGUGGCUGAUGGCAUGAUCGUCUCGACCCCGACGGGGAGCACCGCCUACAGUCUGAGCAGUGGAGGCAGUAUUGUCCAUCCUCUGGUGCCAUCGCUGCUGUUAACGCCAGUCUGUCCCCGAAGCCUGAGCUUUCGGCCCUUGGUUCUGCCAUCCAGCACGCCCGUCACCCUGCGGCUGAGCCAGAAGAAUCGGGGGCGAGAGGUGGAAGUGAGCAUUGAUGGCAAGAGCAUGGGCCAGGGCAUGUCGGUGGGGAUGGAAAUGCGCGUCUGGGACGAAGAGAUCCGGCAUGGGAAGAACGAUUGGCGAGGUGGGGUCCCCUGCGUGAUGCGGAGGACGAUCGGGGUGACGGAGCCAGAUGACGGAUGGGUUGGCGGCCUGAACUCGCUGCUCAAGUUCAAUUACCCUUUUGGCGCGGAGGCGUAG